UGCGCAAAUACACAGCUGGACAUACCUGAGCCCAACGACUUGGGACUAUAAAAGUAAGAUUACAGAGGUAGAUAACUUGGUCCCAAAGACUUUCUUAAGGUUCUGUCUCAUAUCGCUUCUUCUCAUCGCAUCAUCAUCACAUCACUUUCUUCGACUUUCGUUUGUUAUUAUAUCCUCUCAAUAUAUAAUUUUGUUCUUAAUUAGCGAGAGCCAUGGAGAUUGCUACGACAACGAACGCUUUGCAUUUGUUUCCCAAGGAUCAGAGAUACAAAACCAAAGGCGUCAGGUAUAACAAUCUAAUCGAUUUCUCAGACGUCUCCUUGUUACCCGUAAUCCCUAAGAUAGACUUAGACGACCCACAAAUUCUGAGUCGAACCAGAAGAGAUGGCAGGGAAAAGUACGACGUUGUGCCGGCUUCCAAGAAACGUCAACAUUCCGGCGAAGAAAAGCCACUGACGAAGAGACAGAAGAAGAUCAUCGAAGAAGUGGAGUCAACUACUAAGGCGAAAUCUAUUAGGACGUUGACACCGAAUCUUCACAAAUCAGUGUCCGAGUCAAAGCAGGAGACUAAGAGAAAAGUUACCAAAUCGGUGGAUGCGAGGGCUAUUACCACAACAAAGGUUACUAAACCGGAGAAAUUAAUUACGGCUUCCUCGAAAGAGUGUUUUCACGAAACAGAGACGAAAAAGCCUAAUAGGAUUGAUUUGAGAAACUUGAUCGCAAAGGCGCAAGAUAAAAUCCAAAACAAACGGCAGAUCGAUCAUCGAAGAGACGACAUCACAAGGCAGAGAAUAGCUGCACGCUUAGCUCUAAAUCAAAUGGUAGCAACCGUUAGUUUUGACGAUCAUCUCAACUAUCAUAGAGAACUGGAACAGCUUGGCUACACAUUCAUUCAAGAGGAAGUUGAUUACUUGAGCAUGUUCAAUUUAUGGUCAAGAAGCGACUACAAUGGUAUCACUAACUCUGUCUUGGAAAAGAAUAAAACGCCAUGGUCUGAUGAAGAUUCAACGAGAAAGAAACAUCGUCAUAGCUCACGAAAAGUAAAUAGUAUGGAGCAGUAUUCCCUGCAGAUAAGCAGAAUGGUGAAUCUGCUGAGAGCGGAAAUCAGAGUCAUAUCUCAACAAGUGUGAUAAUCCAGUGAUAAUUUAGAUAGAGUCCGAGUCCGAGUACAGUUUUGUGUUUAAUUUGUGUGAGUGUGCUCCCUGCACUCUAUAUAUAAGCGUAACAUAACAUGUUUGAUGUCUAUCCUUUACACGAUAUGAAAAGUUUGAGAGUAAUCCCGUCUAUAUUAUUUGCAAAAUGUCUUGCUUUCUUGUUUUCAUAUCAUCAAUAUAUUGAAAGACUUGCU